GACGGAAGGAGAUGAUAAGACGAGAGAUGGAGAGACUGGUGGUGAACAAAACCCCGCUGGAUUCGAAAAACAGAUUAAUAUUGGCCGCUGCUAUGGCAAGUUGACUUCAAACCUUCUUGCCUUCAGGCUUCUUCUUGUCAUUGCAGUGGGAAGAGAAGAAGAAUGUCAUUGUCAUGGUGCAGCUCCGCCACCGCCGUUCCUUUUCCAUCUCAGACACGGCUAAUUACUCAUCCUUCCCAUCACCAACACUACUUUCAUAUUCGUCUCAGAAAAUUAAGCCCUUCUCCUUCAAUUUUCACCGCUCCGAGAGCUAUAUUGCUUGACGAAAUCGUUCAACUCACCCACAACAAGGUUUUAGUUUCCGCCGGUGUGUCCGCUGCGAUUGGGCAACUCGCGAAGCCUUUCACGUCUGUUGUUUUCUAUGGCAGAGAGUUUAACAUCAGAACUGCCUUUGAAGCUGGAGGCUUCCCUUCGACCCAUUCCUCUGCGGUGGUUGCUGCUGCUACAAUCCUCGGCGCUGAGAGGGGUCUUGCCGAUUCCAUUUUUGGCAUAACUGUAGUUUACGCGUCCCUUAUUAUGUACGAUGCUCAGGGAGUCAGGAGAGAAGUUGGAAAACAUGCUAAAGCCAUCAACAAGCUGUUACAAACAGAGACACCAGUGAACUCAUCAUUUCCCUAUAAAGAACAAGAUCUUCGAGUCGAUUCCCAACUCGAAAAGAGAGUAUCAUCUUCACUCAAUAGAAAUCUUGAGAUUGGCAGUCCCAUAUUAUCCGAGGAAUCGACCAAGGCCCUAAUGGCACCGAGUCCAGUAAAGCAGGAUGUCGCAUCCUCAGGCAUAGCAAAUGAUUUGGAAGAAGCAUCAAGAAUGGAGGCUAGUCGUUGGAAGCCAUUUAAAGAGUCAAUAGGCCAUACUGAGAUUGAAGUUGCAGCUGGUGCUUUGUUGGGCUUCACGGUUAGUCUGAUUACCAUUUCAUUAUUGUGAUAUCAGAACAAAAGAAUGAUUUAUAUACACAAUUAUCUCACAAAUGAACCGCUGUACAGUCACAUCUUCUUUGUCAAUGCUAAACUCGAAUAAGAUAAUUAAAUGAUAAUUUUAUGUUAAGGCAUAACAUUAGAUUGGAGGCA